UCCGCUUCUCUGUCAUUCUCCUCAGAGACGCGUUGUGAAUCAGUGAAAUGUGAAGAGAAAUCUAAUUGUGCCGCCAUUUUGAUUUCAACUAAUAAGUAGCGUGAAAAUUUAACCUUUUUCUGUGAGUUUAUCGACCAAAAAGCAUCAAACUGACUAAAAAUGAGUUACGGAAGGCCUCCGCCACGUAUAGAUGGCAUGGUUUCGCUGAAAGUGGACAAUCUAACAUACCGUACGACGCCAGAAGAUUUGCGUCGCGUUUUCGAGAGGUGUGGUGAUGUCGGCGACAUAUAUAUCCCACGAGACCGAUAUACGCGAGAAAGUAGAGGAUUCGCGUUUGUCAGAUUCUAUGAUAGACGAGAUGCUGAAGAAGCUUUGGACUCCCUAGAUGGACGCAUGUUGGAUGGGAGGGAACUUCGCGUACAAAUGGCGCGAUACGGGCGUCCAUCUUCGCCAUAUAGGAGCCGACAUGACCGGCGCGGUCGCAGCAACUCACGUCGUCGCUCCAGGUCCCGCUCGCGCUCGCGCCGGCGCUCGUACUCGCGCAGCCGCUCGCGCACACGCUCCCGCAGCCGGAGCCGCUCUGACUCCAAAAGCUCUCGAGGGAGGUCCCGCAGCCGCAGUCGUAGCCGCUCGCGCUCCAGGCAUUGAAGUGCUGAGUUGAAGUACCAUGGGACGCUGCUGUGUUGCAUUUCCUGCCACAAUGAGAGCCUGCAGCCCUGCACCAAGGUACUAGAACUAAACAUUGCAUCCAUAGAUUAUUGACAUAGUGGCAAACUAGUGGUGACCUAGAUUUAAGUUCUCAAUUUUUUGUAAUUGAUCAUAUAUUAUCUUAAUUGUUUUACUUCAUGUAUUGCUUUGUAAAACUAACAUAACAAUGUCAAAAUUUUAAAACUAAACUAGUAGAGUUAGUUUGUCAAAAGUUUUAAUUUUAGAAAUUUAACUUGUUCAAUAUGGGUAUAAGUAUUUUUUUUUUUUCAAAUCUGUGUAACUUCUGGAACCAAAAAUAUUAAAUUGAGAAAUUGUUUUAAUGUGUGAUUAAUCUUCAUUUAGUACGGCCUUGAGGCCCUAGUUGUUAUUUCAGGUUUUUAUUAUAAUAAUCAGAAGAUCAUGUUCAUUCUCCAAAUUGGUUAAAUUGGGCAUAUUUAGGACAACCUCAAGGAGAGGUAAAUAAUUCUGUAAAAGUCAUGACUUGUGUUUUUUCCUGUUAUUUAUUACAAUGAGUUAUUUACUACAAUAAAAUAAGCCCUUCAGAACAAAUUUUUAUUUUGCAAUGUAACUAUGUAUGUAAGUUAAGAUAUAGUUAUUAGGAAUUGUCUUACUCAUAUUUUUUUAUCCAUUAUUAUGAUAACACUGUAAUAUUGUAACAAUAUUAAUUUAACUGUUGGUAUGCUCAGGGCAUUGGAGUAUGCGGGGAGCGAAGGCGGUUUGCGGGGAGGGGGGUAAUGCGGUUUGCUGACAACUGCUGAAUUGCCGUUGUUGCAGAGCAUAAGUUAUGAGUAAACUUUAUAUAUUUAUUGACAAAAUAAGAUCCACAAUUGUGUAGGUAUUGAUGACUACCCAUUUCAAUUUAACUUCAUGUAGUAUUGUUAUUGCCUGUGUAAGUUGUACCUAAUACAAGAACAAAUCAUACUGAAUAAGUCAAUCAAUUCAAUUGCUGAUUUCCCUCUUGAGUAAUUUCACAGUACACUAAAUAAGAACUCAACAUAGUGGUAAUGGUUUCACAUAGUGGAUUAAUAUAUGGAUUUGUUUGGCAGGCCGGUGCUGCCCGCUGGCCUGUUUGCUGUUUGCUGUGGCAGUUUGCUGUGCCGUUGCUGUGAUUUGCAGAUUCCUGCGUCUAGGUUGCUCGUACUAUACAGGACUCCCUCCCUGCUCUACAAAUUACUAUAAAGUACAGAUUUAAUAAAUUUUCUAUCCUUUAGGUUUUUGGGGAAAAGGUUUCAAAAGCGCAAACAGAUUUUAAUUUUACAAAUAUCCAGAUUAUUUUUGUCGAGUUGAAACCUUUUCUUGAAAAAAAUUAUUAUUUCACAUCAAGAAAGAAGGCUUCGCAUACCGACGACAUCAGGCAUAGAAAUACAAUAAGUAAUAUUUAGGUUUAAUUCUUAUCUUCUUUGAAAUAAAUUACAAAAUAGA